CAAAGUCAGAUCUGCCCCUGAUCUCAAGUUGUGAAGUUCAAACAUUCAAACACAGCUUUACCAUUUUCCUUUCUGAUCUCUGAAAUUGAUGCCUCACAGGUUGUUUUGGAAACCUCAAGUUCACAUCAAUUUGGGGUUUAGGGUUUUGAAAAAAAAAACGGAAGCAAAGAGAUCCAGCAAUGUCAAGAAGAAAUUUAUUGUUGUUCCUGAAACGCAGUCCUUCAACAAAAAGCGAGGUAGAUGGAAGCAAUGCAAAAACGUGGGGACAGAGGGCGGUAAUGGGGACAUUGAUUUGCCUGACAGGAGGUGUUGCUCUCAGUGCACUUGAUGAUCUCUCAAUAUACCACAGUUGCAGCAGCAAGGCAAUAGAGAGAGCUAAUAAGAACAAGGCCAUAAUAGAAUCUAUUGGAGUGCCAAUUGUUAGAGGACCAUGGUAUAAUGCAUCGCUGGGGAAGUCGCACCAAAGGCAUUCUGUAUCCUGCUCAUUUCCCGUUUCAGGUCCACAAGGCUCUGGGAUCAUUCAGUUAAAGGCAAUUAAUAAUGGAGAGGAUACUUGGAUUUCAUUUUUUCGGCCCCGUGCUUGGGAAAUCCUCAUUAUGGAAGCUCUUGUUCACGUACCUGGAAAUCAAGAGAAGCAACAAACAUUUCGAAUAACUGUUUCAGAUGAUGUGCCCCCUCCAACUGCCUGUGUGACAUGCCCUGACUUUAGGUCAAAAAAAUCUGAAAGUGUGUAGAAGAACUGAAUUUAGUACGUAGUAUAUAUUUCUUGGAUUUUACAUUCUAGUCAUUUCACCUUCACAAGAAUAAAGUUUUUUAUUCUUGGGAGUGCCUUUGUGUUUUGUGAAGGCUCAUCAUAUAGCAGUCCUAUGAGCUACAUGCUUGUUAUUCAGAAUUCGGUUGAACAGAUAAUUGGAUAUUACUUGUACUCAUCAUUUGGAGUAAAAAUUAAUGAUGAAACCCAUACUGUUCUUCAAAAA